AUGUGAGCUUUCCCUUCACGAAGCAUUUGUCUGCCCUCGAUUUCUUCUAACUUGCGGCAGCUGCAAGAAAGAAGUCGAAAGGCGUAAUAUGGAGCUGCAUAAGAGUCGCUGUCCAAAAUUACCUAUCGAUUGCACAUUGAAAUGUGGAAAGAAAGUGGAAAGAAGACACGUAAGACUUCUUUCCUAUAUUAUAUGAAAGAUCACGUUUCUGAGUUAGGAGAUUGUCCAAAUACGAUAAUGUCUUGCGUCUUCAAGGACGUGGGAUGCGACGUUACGGUUAAGAGACAUGAAAUGGAGCAACAUUUAACUACGGCAGUAGUGGAGCAUCAGAUCAAACAACAUCAGAUAGUGAAAGCACUGAGAGAUGAAAACAAACAGAUAAAAGAAACACUGCAUUUUGUAAACUCUGCUUUAAUUCAACUGUUUUCAUCUCAAAGUGAAGACAUUGUGUCCUAUUGCGGUAAAGCUAUAGUACGGUUUGCCGUUUCAAAUGGUGAGGUAAAGAACAAAACAAGUAAGCAUUUCUUUGUUCAUUCGAAUGGAUACAAAGUGGCAUUGCGGAUUUGGUCUAUGGAUGGUUGUUUGUGUGCUGCUCUUAUUCCUGUCCAUGGUGACCGCGACCGCAAAUUGAGGUGGCCGUUUAUACUCCGUCAUACGAUUACGCUAGUUGGCCAGCAACACCAUGAAGACACCAUCAAAAUGACAAUUGAUCCUGUAACACUAGAUAAGGAUCUCGUCAUGUACUGCUUUCAUGGCCCUAAUACGAUAUGCGUCUCAAACGAUCGGCUAAACAAACUGCGUUGUAAAAAUGCUUCGCUAUGUGUCUCUGAAUCUGUUCUUUUUACUGAAAAGUACGUGAAGAAUGAAGCGAUUGUUGUCGUUGUUGAAGUAGACACGUGACAGCAUUUUUGUUUCAACGUGAAAUGUGUUGCAAUGCAAGCAAUUGUUGUCUGUACUUAUUAGUUGCACAUGUGAUUUAAAUUCAUUGUAAAGAUUAUAGAAAAUAUACCAAGAACUCUA